UCGCCUCCGCUCCCGCUCAGGCUCCCCGGCUCUGGCGUGGCCAUGUCAUUCCGCCGGGCGCUGGCGCUGGCCGCCUGCGGGCUGGCCGGCGGCUCCGUGCUCUUCUCGGCCGUGGGUGUGGGCAAGCAGCCGGCCCGGGGCGCCGGGGGGGACGCGGAGACCCGGUCGGCGGGAGCUGCCGCUGCCGCCCCCGCCCCCGGGCUGCUGCUCCUGCCCCCCGCCGCCGCCUCCUGCCCCGCAGCGCCGGGCUGGGCGGAGCGAGCCGCCGGCGCGGGCGGCUACUGGGACAGCAACUGGGACAGGUGGUUUCCAGGUUCAAGACUGAAGCACUUUGGUAAGGUUUUGAGGGAAGCUGGCUGUCUACAUCUCCGCACAUCUUUCUGUCAUCUUCAACGUGAACCACUGGCUCUUAUCAACCGGAAAAAGAAAAAUGAAGAGACUGGGGAAGAAGAGCUUGCUUCCCGCCUAGAUCACUGCAAAACAAAAGCUACCAGACACAUAUUCCUUAUCCGCCAUUCUCAGUACAACUUGGAUGGCCGGAUUGAUAAAGACAGAACUCUGACACAACUGGGUCGUGAGCAGGCAGAGCUGACUGGGCGCAGGCUGGCAAGUUUGGGGUUGAAAUUUGAUACAAUUAUCCACUCCUCUAUGACCAGAGCAAUGGAAACAACCGACAUCAUCAGCAAGCAUCUUCCAGGGGUCAAAAAAAUUAGUACUGACCUGCUAAGAGAGGGAGCUCCUAUAGAACCAGUCCCUCCAGUAUCUCACUGGAAACCAGAAGCUGUGCAGUAUUAUGAAGAUGGGGCUCGUAUUGAGGCUGCUUUCCGAAACUAUAUUCAUAGGGCUGAUGCAAAACAGGAAGAGGACAGCUAUGAGAUUUUUGUUUGCCAUGCCAAUGUGAUCCGCUACAUAGUUUGCAGAGCAUUACAGUUCCCCCCAGAAGGCUGGCUUCGGAUGUCCCUUAAUAAUGGCAGUAUAACCCACUUGGUGAUCCGUCCUAGUGGAAGAGUGGCACUUAGAACACUUGGAGACACAGGAUUCAUGCCUCCAGAUAAAAUCACACGCACCUGAGUCUGUGCAGGUGAUGGCCAUAUGGGAGCUGCUUCUAGUCUCUCUGCACUAGUACAUCCAACUACUGUACCACUAAAUUUCUAUUUGUAAUAUCAGGGUAUGAUGGUGUUUUUAAAAUUGUACUUUAAUCCCCUCUGCCUCCUUUGCAUACUCAUGUCUGCUUUUCAGUCCCAAAAAGAUGACUUCUAUGGACUUGUAUCACUUCAUAAAAUGAAGAGCGACACCUCCCGGCUCUGAGAUGUGGAGUGGGAAAAGACUGGUGAAAGGAUAUUUGUGCUCAACCAUUUGAGAGCACCACUUGCCUGUAAAGACUCUUCCUUGUUGA